UUGUGUAAAAAAUGGGAAACUCUUGCAUGGCAGCAUCGUCAAUGGAAUGGGAUGGAGAGGACUGGGAAGAAUCUUUGAAGCAGCCAAAGCAAUGUUCAUCAUCAUCAUCAUCAUCAUCAUCAUCAUCAUCAAGUAAGGUGUUAGACCAAACUUCUCAUUUUGAUUACCAUCAGAAUAAGGAGAAUGAUGUUUUAGAAAAGCUUAGAGAUUCCUGUAAUGUAAAUGGGAAAAUCACGUUGAAGAUUUCGAAGAGUGAGCUAGCUGAAUUAUUGGGAGCGAUACAACAGAAUAAUAAUAAUCAACAGCCGCAGAAGCAGAUGAAGAUGAAAAAGAAUGAAUUAGGUUCAGCAGAAGAAGUUCUGUUUCGGUUAAUAAACGCUAGAGAGCAUGAAACUGCAAAUAAGCAUCACUGGAGUAGUCACUGGAAACCGUUCCUCCGUCCUCCGUCUCCGCCGCCGUUUCCGCCUCCGUCUCCGCCUCCGUUCGCCGUUUCCGCCUCCGUCCGUUCUCCGUUCUCCCUCCGUUCUCCGUUCUCCCUGCAUCCCUUUAGAAUUUGUUUGGAAUUUUAUAUGGAACAUUUAGAAUCUUUAGAACUGACAUUUAGAACAACACUGACAUUUGGAACAACACUGAGUUUUGGUGGAAAGAUUGAGGAAAUUCUGAAAUUCUGGGGAGUUUCAUAG